AUGGAGAUUCCACCUGUUUUGAUAGAGAUUCUCAAGCGGUAUGUUCCGGUUUCUGCUCAGACUCAACUUCAAAAUGCCAAGCAACUGCUCCUCACUUUCAUUGAAAACAACGAUGAACUGAUUAAUCAAGCACUUUCAUACGUUCCUGAAGGAAAGCUGAAUCAGUUCUCUGCCUUUGCCGUUAUCUCGAGUUUCUCCCUUCUUUUGUACAUUCAUCUGAAGAAAACGAGAGUCGAGAAAAAAAUGGAAGCAUGCAACAUCAAAACUGUGAACGACCCUUCAGUCAUCAAAAACUACCCAAUUUUCGGACAUUCAUUGUCGUUUGAAUCCGACCCAGUCGACUUUUUCCGCCAAUUCAACGCGUGCAUCGACGAUGUCAAGGCUCAAGAUCCCAAUGCAAUCUUUGCCUACGCCAUGUUCGGCUUUAAACCUGCCAUAAUCCCGAUCCGGCCAGAAGGCGCCGAGCCAAUUCUUAAUUCUAGCGUCCACAUCCGAAAAGGCCAGUUUUACAGGCUCUUUGAAGACUGGCUCGGCACUGGAUUGCUAACUUCCCAUGGCAGCAAGUGGAAAACCCGGCGGCGACUUUUGACUCCUGCUUUUCACAAAACGGUUUUGACCGAAUUCGUCGAGGUCAUGAAUGAGAAGGCGGUAAAAAUGGUCGGCCUCCUCGAUGAAAAGAUCAAAACUGACAAGAAAAUCAACAUGCUUUGGCCAAUCACACUUUGUGCCCUGGAUAUCAUCGUGCAAACGGCGAUGGGAGCAGAAUCUGAUAUUCAAUUCGAAGAAAAUAACUACUAUGCUUCUGCGAUUUUCGACUGGAUGGAAAUCACUCAAAUCCGCCAAAAAUCCGUUUGGUACUGGCCUGACUGGAUCUGGAACCUUUCUCCUCUCGGCAAUCAGCAAAACAAGAACGUCGAAAAGAUGCACCACUUCACCGAAAAAGUCAUCAAGCAAAGAUGGGAGCACUACAAGGAGCUGAAGGAAGAGCUUGGAGAUGCAUUUGAAGCAACGUAUUUUGCGGAAAAAUGUGAUAGUCGUGGAAGAAUGGCGUUUUUAGAUACGCUUUUAAAAUGCCUUGAUCAGGGCGAAAUUGACUUGGAAGGAAUCAGGGAGGAAGUUGACACUUUCAUGUUUGAGGGUCACGAUACUACAGCAGCAGCGAUGUCUUGGGCAAUCCAAGAAAUCGGUCAACACCCGGAAGUUUUGAAAAGGCUUCACGAAGAAAUGGAACUUGUUUUUGGCGAUUCUGAUCGACCAGCAACCAUGGAAGAUCUUGAUAAACUCACGUACCUGGAGGCAGUUACAAAAGAAACUCUCCGAAAAUUUCCCUCAGUCGCUAUGUUUGCUCGUGAAAUGGACUCAGAUCUAGUUGUCGAGAAAAAUGGCGAAAAAUUCGUCGUGCCGACUGGUGCCAUCGUCACGAUCCCUUGCUACAAACUCCAUCGAGACGAGAGACACUGGGAAGACCCUCAUAAAUUUGAUCCUUCGCGCUGGCUCGAAGGCGGCUCCGCAGAAACAAGAUAUGCUUACUCGUACUUUCCGUUUUCUGCCGGCCCGAGAAACUGCAUUGGACAACGCUUCGCGAAUCUGACCGCUAAAAUCAUGCUCUCGCACCUUCUCCGAAACUUUACCUGGAAAUCGUUGCGCGUGACAAACGAAAUCCCAGUUUUGGCGGAAAUCAUUACGAGGCCAAAAGGCGGCAUCGACGUUAUUCUCGAAAGAAAACAUGCUUGA